AUGUUUAGUACAAGAAAUUCUUUACAACGUCGAACAGGUCGUUUUGGUGUUGGACGUUUUGAAUAUUUAAAACAAUUAUUAAAUGAAUAUGAAAAUUCAUUAACAAAUAAUGAAAAUAAACUUCAAAUAUUAGCAAAUUUUGCUAAUUUUUCUUAUGAUCCAAUAAAUUAUAAUUAUCUACGAGAAUUAAAUAUAAUUGAUUUAUUUGUUGAUUGUUUACAAAUGCAUACAGAUGAUAAUUUUGUACAUUAUGCAUUAGCUGGUUUAUGUAAUAUGAGUACAGAUAAAAUAAAUAGUCAAUUAAUUAUUGAAAAAACUCCAACAAUUUUAACUUGUUUAAUAAAAUUUUUUUUUUCAAAUCGAUUUGAUAUUGUAAUGAAUACAAUGGUAAUAUUAAUGUUUUUAUGUGAUCAUAAUGAACAAAUUAAAAAUGAAUUAAUACAACGAAAUGAAAUAUGUCAAUGUUUAGAAAAAUAUUCACAAUCAAAAGAUAUUAGAUUAUCAAAUAUGGCAAAAGUAUUUUUACAAGAUUAUUUUUUAAUAAAUUAA